CUCCUUAAUCGCACAUCACCAACAUGUCUCGCGGCGGCGGCACCACGCUCUAUGUCACCGGCUUCGGUCACGGCACCCGCGCCCGCGACCUCGCCUACGAGUUCGAACGGUAUGUUGCUCAACGCACCGCCCUCCCCGAUGGUUACCACGCCCUUCGUCGACCGUCCUUUACGCGCGAUCGAACUGCUUAAUGCCUCGUCGCCCUUUCCGAUGCCUCCAUCACGUCGCACCCCAUGCCGCCACCCACGCCCUUUCCAUGCGCAACGCCCGCCACAUUCAGCUUCCUUUCGCUAUCACCUUUCAUGUUACACACCCAUCUAACGUCAUCGCCAGCUACGGUCGUCUUGUUCGCUGCGACAUCCCUGCGCCGCGUUCUGCCUCCAGCAGGCUGUAAGUGGCCACGAUACCCCGGUUAUAUUAACCAACU